AUGUCUGCAAAUCUCGCAUACUUCGACAAUACACCUAAAUGUUGGACUAUUCACGGAUACUACGAUUUUCGAAAGAAACAAAGUGACUUUAGUGGUAUUUUCCAUAAAGAGCAUAGCUGGCUGAAGACAAAUCUAGAGAUCAUUGUAAAUAAUAAAGAAUCCCAUUUUAAUAAAGAACAAGUGAACCGAGCCCAAGAGAUGCUUCGCAACUUGAAGGCAAGUAACGAAAUGUCUGAUCCAAAUGUCGCAGUCUUUUGGAAUGAAGUCGAUCACGAAAGGGAAUUGAAUAUUGCGCGGGCUGAAGGGAUGCUACAAGCCGUAAAAGAGACAACUGGCGGAGUUGUGAAUGCAAUAAAAACAACAAAUAAAAUACACCAACAAAAUCUCUUAUCAUUGCUCCCAGUGGGACACAAUCCAACAGUUGGAAGCAAGCGAACCUAUCCAGAUGAGGAGUCAACUCAGCCAACUCCCUCAAAUAAGAAGAAUCAUUCUGGAAGCAGUACAGCGCUACCAACUCCACCACAAUCGAAUUUCACUCCACCAAGUGGUAGUGAUGAAGUGAGCGUUAUUGGAAGCAUCCUUCCUGAUGGUACAGCGCUACCAACUCCACCGCAAUCGAAUUUCACUCCAUCAAGUGAUAGUGAUAAAGUGAGAGUUCCUUCACAAAUUGGAAGCAUCCUUCCUGAUGGUACAGUGCUACCAAAGCCACCACCACAACCGAAUUUCAUUCCAGAAAGUGACAGUGAUGAAGUGAGCUUUCCUUCUUCACAAAUGACAUUUGAUGAUGAUGAAGGCGAGGAAACUCCUGAUUUAGACAGUUUUCUAAGUUCUGUGCCAACUAAUACACAAAAAUGGGUUCUACCCUCAGGAAAAUCUGUCAAUGAGAUUUGCUCUGUAAAUAUAUCUCAAUGUGCGGAAGUCUUAAAAAAAAAGGAAACACUAGGUCCAGUGGAGAGAGCCACCUUGAGAUAUGGUAUGUCAAAGGUCAUAGAUCUCUCGGCGCAUAUGCGAGAUUGGUUUUCCGACAUUGAUAUUCAGCACAUGAUGAAAGAUCACGUAGCAGUCUUAACGGUUCCUGAAUUAGAUGAAGAGGUGAACGCGUUCAUUGCGGAAGUAGAAAAGAUGGUACGGAAGGGAGGAUCUAAUGAGGCGUACAAAUAUUGUCUUGAGAAGCAUACCAACUCGCCAACCAAUACUUGUAUUUAUAAAAUAAGCAAGAUAUACAGUGAAUUUCUUUUCGAAGUAAAAGAUGGUGAUGAUUUGUUAGAUUGUGGAGAGGGCUACACUGAAAUAGACAUUAUCGUAAAGACAUGCUCUUAUAUCGUGAAAGGAUUAAGGAAAGGCCUCGGAAUAAAUUGCAAAUGGGGAGAAUCUUUCUGUCCUAUGAGCCGAUCUACAAGUUAUGAAAAGGGACGGAAAUGUGACGUCCGAUUCUUAAGUUCUUCAAGGACAGACCUUGGUGAAUGGGAAUUUUCAGCACAUUGUACUAAUGCAAAAGCGAUUGGGGAUCGCUGUCGUUCUGCCAGAGUAAAUCAAUCAAUAUUGAAUGCCAUUUUGAGGCUAAACCUAACUAAGGAGCAAGUGAAUAAAACGAAGAUCCCUUUUUUGCAAAUUUCUGGCGUUUACGGGCAGAUGUUAUUAGAAGACUUAAUAAAUGACUUUUAUGUUGUUUUUCCUGGGAUAACAUUUGAGAUACCUACCAAAUUGGCUCACAUUAGAAAGUUAAAGUCAACGGUGAAAAUUUUUAAAUACGUAAUGGAAAUGUAUGAAGAAGUCGAUGGCAUGCUUUAUGAACUAGACCACGGAUAUAAUUCACUCAAUCAGGUCUUCAAUGUCAAGGUUGUCAAUGGAUCAUCACAUUACAAAUCAAAUUUUAUCCAUGAUCCAUGGUGGACACCAAAAAAAAAUAUUUCUUCCCAAUUAAUGAUUGCGUUUAAAGAAAUGGAAAACAAGCAAGGAUAA